GUAGUUUGAUUAUAAAACACAUAUGAUAAAAUUUAAUCUAGAAAUUUGGAGGCCAGUGAAGCAAAGGGCUUGGUCAAUAUAAAAUACAGCAAAGGGGCAAAAUAAGUUAUUCAAAAUGAGCCAGUUUCACUUUCUUUAAGUAGUGAGUUUUUUUCCCUCCCAGCUUCUCACACAUUCGAGUUGCAGACCAAGAGCGAGAGAGAGAUAAUUUUCUCCUCUCUUCAAACUCCAAAAGGUGAUCCAAAACUCCAGGUUUUGGCGUUGUGAAGAGUUGUUAAAGAGAUGGCGUCAUGGACUUCAUCCCAGUUCCUGUAUGAAGAAACCAAGCCAUGGGGUAUUCAGUUCUUGGAAAGGUUUAAGCGGUCAGGAAGACUCUCCUUCAAGCAAUACCAAGCCCUAGUCUUUAUCUUGACCUUUGUCGCCUAUAUCGCCUUCCAUGCUGCCCGAAAGCCUAAUAGCAUUGUCAAAGGAACACUUUCCGCAUCAACAAUCAAAGGCGGUUGGGCACCCUUUGAUGGACCUGAUGGAACAGCCUUGCUUGGUCAGAUUGACUUGGCUUUCCUCUCUAUCUAUGCGGUUGGGAUGUUUGUGGCAGGUCACUUGGGAGAUCGUUUGGAUCUCAGGACGUUUCUGACUAUCGGUAUGAUAGGGACUGGCCUAUUCACAGCUCUCUUUGGGGUUGCGUUUUGGGCUGAUUUCCACAGCUUCUACUAUUUCUUGGCGAUUCAGGUUAUGGCAGGAUGGUUUCAGUCGAUAGGCUGGCCUUGUGUUGUGGCCGUGCUUGGAAACUGGUUCGACAAGAAAAGAAGAGGAAUGAUUAUGGGUGUUUGGAGUGCUCACACUUCUCUUGGUAACAUCACAGGGUCUCUGAUCGCAUCCGGUCUGCUUAGAUAUGGUUGGGGUUGGUCAUUUCUUGGCCCAUCUUUGCUCAUGACUUUUCUUGGAAUCGUUGUUUACCUUUUCUUGCCUGUGAACCCUCCAACCGUUGAGGCUGAGAGAGAUGGAACUGAGAUUGACUCCACCAUGAGGCUCGGUGACACCAUUACAGAGAGCUUCUUGGAAUCUAGAAUGAGUACUGGAUUCGAUAGAAAAGCAAUCGGGUUCAUGGCCGCUUGGAGAAUCCCCGGUGUUGCUCCUUUCGCCUUCUGCCUCUUCUUCACUAAGUUGGUCUCAUACACUUUCCUCUACUGGCUUCCUUUCUAUGUCAGCCACAACAUGAUCGGAGGAGAGUACCUGUCUGAGGAGACAUCUGGAAACUUGUCGACACUCUUCGAUGUUGGAGGUGUUGUUGGAGGAGUCUUAGCCGGAUACAUCUCUGAUCAACUGGACGGAAGAGCCAUCACAGCAGCAGGAUCCAUCUACUUGGCAAUCCCAGCUCUGUUCCUCUACAGAGUCUUUGGACACAUCUCAAUGACCAUCAAUGUCAUCCUCAUGUUCACAUCAGGAGUCUUCGUCAAUGGACCAUUCGCUCUCAUCACAACAGCUGUCUCAGCUGAUCUCGGAACACACAAAUCUCUCAAAGGCAAUGCAAGAGCUUUGGCUACAGUCACAGCUAUUAUAGACGGCACAGGAUCCGUAGGUGCUGCGAUUGGACCGGUACUCACUGGCUACAUCUCUGCUAUUAGCUGGGACGCAGUGUUUUACAUGUUGAUGACUGCAGCUUUCAUCUCUGGAUUGCUUCUCACUAAACUAAUCAUAGCAGAAGUCAAAGCUAUAUUGUUUGGAUCAGAAGAUGAAGUAGCUUCAUCAUCAUCACCAGCAACCAGAGCUCCCAUUGAUGUCCUCCUUUAAGUUUUCCUAACAAUUUCACAAGAGAGAGACUUUUUUUUUAUCUUUUAAAGUUCGUUCCUUUUUUUUUUUACUUUCCCAGCUCUGUUCUGUUAACAUGAUCAUGUCUUCUUAAUUUCUAAAGUUUG